CUUUCUCUUCUCUCUCUUUGUUCCAGAAGCCAUUUUUCGACUGAUUGUGUUCCACACAAUCAGAAAUCCCCUUCCAUCCUGUUCGAAUAAAUACUAAUUCGAACGAUUGACGAUGUUUCGGCUACUGGAAAAGUUCCUCCUCCUAACCCUCCUUGUUUUGCCCUCAACACUCCUUCUCAAUGGCAAUGUAGUCAUUGCUCAAGAAGACGAACUCGAAGACGAAGAGCCAAAUGCACAAGGAGCAUCCGACGAUGGCGAUACUACUGCUGAAGACGAAGAUGCUAAGGUUGAGGAUGAAGAACAAACGGCGAAAGAAACACCAGAAGAGAGUACAACAGAAGAGAGUGCACCAAAAGAGACAGUGAAAGGAGAUGCCGAAGAGGAAGAGAAGGAGGAUCAACUAAAAUCAUCUCCAGAUGCAGACUCUGUCAUUCUCUUUGUCAAGAAUAAUGAUCAACAAUUUAUUGCUGGUGUGGUUUCCAAGUGUUUGGUUAGCUUCAGUAAUAAUGGCAGGAAUGACUUUGUCAUUGACAUGAUGGAAGCUUCUCUCAGGUAUCCUCAAGACUACAGCUACUAUAUCCAAAAUUUUACUGCCUUCCAGUAUAAUACCAUAGUCAAACCAGGAGAGCAGGCCAACUUUGAAUAUGCCUUCCAUCCUCAUGAGUCCUUUGGUGGAAGACCUUUUGGACUCUCCAUCAACUUGUUGUAUAAGGAUGCUGAUGGUAAACACUUUCGUGAUGCAGUAUUCAAUGAAACCGUGCAGCUUAGUGAAAGUGAUGAAGGAAUGGAUGGCGAAACGUUCUUCCUUUACCUGUUUAUUGUUGCUGUAGGAGCCUUGGUUGUGAUGGGUGGUUAUUACGGUCUCUCAUCAAUCAAGGGUAAGAAGGCUUCUAAGCCUGCUGUGGAGAUGGGUACCCAACAAGAUGGAGAUAUUGAUUACGAAUGGCUACCAAAAGAAACUACUACUGAAUUUGUAAAAAAUUCUCCCAGACGCUCACCCAGAAACAGAAGACAAAAGCGCAAUACAGGAUCUGAUGAAUAAAUUAAAUUUUUCUCYUAGUCAAUCUUUUAUUAUUAAAAUUGCUGUUUUGUCACCACCAUGUUGCAACAAGUACAUGUUGAAGAUCCUUCAUGUAUAACAAGACAUGGAUGCCUGCUAAGCACAUUUAUCUAUACAGAUCUGUUUUCUGGCAUCAUGUGUGUCAAACCAUUAAUUAUGUGAGAAGAAAGUAGUAGUCCUUUUUCUACCUCAGUAUUGCAAGUGUUUAUAAGAAAAAAUGUACUAGAGUACUUGUUUGCCAUAGGAUUUUUCUGGCAAAUUUCAGGAAAGCAAUAACUUUGGUAAUGAAAAAGACAAAACUGAUGUUAUUGCGAUAUAAGAGAAUGAUAAAAUCAUCAACAUCAUAAUCAUGAUCAAAAUGCUUUUAAACUUACUGUGACAGAAUGGUCCACUUCAAAACGUUUGUGUGUCUUCCACUUAGCAGAAUUUAGAUUUGUUAUUAUAUCCAUGCAUUAUAAGUCUUCCUGAUCAAUUAUAAAUUUUAUUAAUUUAUAGUGAUAAUAUAAUACAAAUCCUCUA